GGGAGGGCCAGCGGUGGACGGAACUGACGAAUGCCUCGCCUCUGAUGGUUUGCCUGUUGUCGCUGAGGAUCGGCUUCGUCCCCCAGGUGUCGGUCUAUUACCGAGUGGAGCAUACAGAAUGACAGCAAUCAAGCACGCAUUACAGAGGGAUAUUUUCACUCCAAAUGAUGAACGAUUGCUCAGCAUUGUUAAUGUUUGCAAGGCAGGCAAAAAGAAGAAAAACUGCUUUCUGUGCGCUACAGUAACAACAGAGCGACCAGUUCAAGUGAAUGUUGUUAAGGUGAAGAAAUCGGAUAAAGGGGAUUUCUACAAACGGCAGACAGCGUGGAUAUUGCGAGAUUUGGCUGUUGUUGAUGCUAAGGAUGCCAACAAGGAGAAUCCGGAGUUCGAUUUACAUUUUGAAAAGGUGUACAAGUGGCUUGCCAGCAGCAUAGCAGAAAAAAAUAGUUUUAUUUCUUGCAUUUGGAAACUUAAUCAGCGAUACCUUAGAAAGAAGAUUGAAUUUGUCAAUGUUAGUUCACAGUUAUUGGAAGAGUCUGUUCCAAGUGGUGAAAACCAGAGUGUGGCCGGUGGGGAUGAGGAAUCCUUGGAUGAAUACCAGGAGUUGAAUGCAAGAGAAGAACAAGAUAUUGAGAUAAUGAUGGAUGGUUGUGAAUAUGCCAUUUCAAAUGCUGAAGCAUUCGCAGAAAAACUAUCCAGCGAAUUACAGGUGUUAGAUGGGGCUAACAUCCAAUCGAUAAUGGCUUCGGAAAAGCAGGUGAACACUCUAAUGCAGUUGCUGGAUGAAGCUCUGAAAGAAGUGGAUGAGAUUGAGUAUAAACUGAGCAGUUAUGAAGAAAUGCUACAAAGUGUAAAGGAGCAAAUGGAUCACAUAUCCCAAAGCAAUGACCUCAUACAACUCAGUAAUACUAAUAAUGUGAAGCUCCUAGAGGAAAUAGAGUUCCUUGUGAAUUAUUUGGACCUAUCCAAAGGCCACAUUAAAGCCCUUACCGAUGGGGAUCUUUCUUCUUCUAAAGGUAUUGAAGCAUGCACCAAUGCUGCAGAGGCCCUUCUACAGUGCAUGAAUGUGGCUCUUCGACCAGGACAUGAGGAGCUUCAUGCAGUGAGACAGCAGCAACAACAAUUCAGGGAUCUGCGCGAACAGUUCGCCAGGAGACUGACCAACCAUCUUAAUAAUGUCUUUGUUCAGCAGGGGCAUGAUCAAAGCUCAUCCUUAGCUCAGCACUCAAUUGAGCUGACUCUCCCCAAACACCUUCCAUUUCAUCGAGAUCUACUUAGAUAUGCCAAACUAAUGGAAUGGUUAAAGAAUACUGAUCGUGAAAAAUAUGAAGGCUUGAAUAAGAACUAUGUAGAUUAUAUUUCCAGGCUGUAUGAAAGGGAAAUUAAGGAAUUCUUUGAGGUUGCAAAGAUCAAAAUGACUGGAACAUCAAAAGAAGGAAAAAAGUUUGCCACACUACCUCGAAAAGAGAGUGCUGUCAAACAGGAUAUAGAAAGUCUUCAUGGAAGUUCUGGAAAGCUUACAGGUUCUACCUCAAGCCUCAACAAGUUGUCUGUUCAGGGAUCAGGAAAUCGUCGCUCUCAGUCAUCCUCGCUGCUUGACAUGGGGAACAUGUCUGCCUCAGACCUCGAUGUAGCUGAUAGAACCAAAUUUGAUAAGAUUUUUGAGCAGGUCUUGAGUGAGUUAGAGCCUCUGUGUUUGGCUGAACAAGACUUCAUCAGCAAAUUCUUCAAGCUGCAACAAAGUCCAGCUUUACCAGGAUCAGUAGUGCAGACAGACUCUAAUGAGGUGGAUGGAGGAUAUCUGUCUCGGCCACAUAAUCUUUUAGGAGACAAGUUCUCGGUACCAUCUGAGAAAGAGGAGGCCAGCAUUAUUCGAUCAAUGAUGAUUAAAGUUUUCCGCUGCAUUGAGCCAGAGCUGAACAACCUCAUUUCACUUGGAGACAAGAUCGACAGCUUUAACUCAUUGUACAUGUUGGUAAAGAUGAGCCAUCAUGUUUGGACGGCAGAGAAUGUGGACCCUGCCUCUUUUCUUAGUACGACGUUAGGAAAUGUUCUUGUGACAGUCAAGAGGAAUUUUGACAAGUGCAUUUGGAAUCAAAUGAAGCAGAUGGAAGACGUGAAAAUAUCGAAGAAGAGUAAAGUGGGAAUUUUACCAUUUGUAAGGGGGUUUGAAGAGUUUGCUGAGCUAGCAGAGUCCAUCUUCAGAUCAGCAGAACGCAGGGGGGACCUGGACAAAGCCUACACCAAACUCAUCCGGGCAGUUUACAACAAUGUGGAAAAAGUGGCUAAUGAAAGUCAGAAAACUCCUCGUGAUGUUGUGAUGAUGGAAAACUUCCACCACAUUUUUUCAACACUCUCUCGCCUUAAAAUUGCAUGUCUAGAGACUGAAAGGAGAGAAGCCAAGCACAAAUAUACAGAGCAUCUGCAAUCUUAUGUGAUAUACUCUCUCGGACAACCUCUUGAGAAACUUAACCAUUUCUUUGAGGGAAUUGAAGCGCGCGUAGCACAGGGAAUCAGGGAAGAGGAAGUCAGUUAUCAGCUGGCCUUCAACAAGCAAGAGCUAAGAAAAGUUAUUAAAGAAUAUCCUGGAAAGGAAGUGAAGAAAGGACUGGAUAACCUGUACAGAAAGGUGGACAAGCAUCUCUGUGAGGAGGAAAACCUGCUGCAGGUUAUGUGGCAUUCAAUGCAGGAUGAAUUCAUUCGUCAGUACAAGCACUUUGAGGGACUGAUAGGUCGCUGUUAUCCUGGAUCUGGGAUUACAAUGGAGUUCACCAUUCAAGACAUUCUGGAAUAUUUCUCUAGUAUUGCUCAGUCUCACUAAAACAAAGCUGUGCAUGAUAAGUGUGUCCUACCCAACUUUCAUAAAAUGCUCUUUAAUAAAUCCUGAAAGAGGAUCCUUUUGGUGGAAUUGUCAUUUAAUGUUACCUUAACAAUGUCCAUGUUCUCUCUAGCACCCCAAGGCUGAGAUGUACUGUAACCAGUUUUUCUGGCCUUAUUAACUUGUAUGCAUUAUUUAAUAUAUUUUCCAAUUAGGGAUGCAGAUGCUCUGUGGUGUGCUCCUUCAUAGGAUCAGAGGCUCCAGUUUAAAAAAAAAAAAAAUGUAAUAUAUUUUCAAAUGUUAUGCUAUUCUUUAAACAAAAUACAUUUUUUGGCUCGACAUCAAGCGGCAAUUUGCCGUUACAUAGUUAAUCCAAUCACAACCUUUGAGUAAAGAGAUGGGGAUGGCCAUAUUUUGGUUCUGUAAUGUUAAGGAAAGGUUCAUAGCUGUUGGAAAAUUACUGAGCUUGAUUGCAUUUGUCAAAGUGAAUUUAAGUAAGAUUUAGUUUUAGUUUAGAGAUACAACACGGAAACAGGCCCUUCGGCCCACUGGAACGAACCAAACUAAGAUUGGUUCCUCUAACAUAAUAAUUGGAUAUCAUAUAAUAAAAUAUUGUAAAAAUGCUUACCAUAUCCCAGAAAAAGCAGAUUUAGUUUAAAAUAACACUUAACUCCAAUAUGUUAAUUAUCUUUCUCUUCAAUUUGCUGUGGAAACCUAUUAAACAUUAAGCUAAUAUUUAAGACAUUUUAAAUUGACCCAAUAGAGAGCAAACUUUAACAGAAUAUGUCACCCUUGAGAAACUUAAAAAAAAACAAUUUUACAGAAAUUCUGAACACAGGUUUCAAAAUAUUAGUGUAAACUUAAUACAGUAACUUUGGAAAUUCAAUUUUGCCUUUGGAAUUAAGCAUUGAAUUUCACAUCACUUGAGGAAAUUCCAAAGCCAUUAAUGAGCUAUUAUUUAAUUUGCAAUGCUAAGCAGAGUAGGAUAAAUUAAAACUAACACUGGAAAUACAGAUGCAUUAAUAUACUCACACAUGGUAAUUCUUGAUAUUACAGAUAAAAAUUGUCUUCUAUUUACCAUUUAGAAGAUUGUAUUGUGUGAUGUUUGAAGUAGGCACCUGCACUAAUCAAUUAUAAACACUAAUCAUGUUGCAAAAUAUACUAACUGAUUUGAUUUUGUACAUUAUUCUGAAUUAGUAUAUUAACAUUUAAAAUAAUGCACAUUGAUGUCAAACAGCAAGAGGUUGUAAUUGUAUUUCAGCCCAUUUACUGGAACUAAGCAAUUCAAAUGUUAGUGCGAAUCUCAUGACAGAUGUUUAAGAUGUAUCCUAGAUCUAACAUAUGGAAUUCUUCCUCAGUAAGGCCCUCUCACAUAAAAGUGAGAUACUUUUGUUUAAGAUAUGUAUGAAACAAGUGUUUAUUUGUAAUAUGCCACAUUGAUUUAAAUCAUUUAAUAACAUUUGUACGUAGACAAUACCUUAUCUUGCAAUCACAUGAAUGGAUAUGUUUACUAACACGUCAGGUGAACACUAAAGAUGAUUUAAAUGAUCUCCAGUCCAUUAUAUAAUGAAUUCAGAAAAUAACCAUUUUUAUCAGCAUUAUGAAUCGUGGAAAUGAAUUAAGUAACACUGAAGAGAAUACUGAAAUAUUUACAUUAAGGUGCACAUAUUAUUGAUACUGCCCGUGUCUUUAUCAUGUUCGGCUUGCCUUACAAUAUAAAAUUUUGUACCUUAUUGAUGCAUAACUUCUACUUUAUUUAAACCUUUAAAGUUUAUUGUUGAUAGCUUCCUUCAGCAGACUUGCAUCAUGUUGUCAAUCUAUGUAAUACGCUCUAUCAUUUAUUUACUCUGUAAACAGUACCAUUCUAUGAAAAAGCAGAUUUUUAUUGACUUUGACAAUUUAUCACUGUAUUUAAAACACUCAAUAAAAUAUAGUGAACGUAA